AGCCGUCCACUGAUCGCUCAUUCACUCGCUCCGCUUUCCCUCCACUCGCCCACUCCCACUCCACUCCACUCCCGCUCUCUCGUGCCAACGAGAAAAACCACCACGCGCGUGCGCGAGCGCACGCACGGGACGAGACGAGAGAGAUGCCUCCGCUUCGCCGCUGUGUCCUCCUCUGCCUCUACGUGGCCGCGGCAUCACCCCUCGCGCUGUGCUCCGCGCCGGCGGCAUUGCCGGACCCGGCGCCGCUCGACCCGGCCCUGAUCUUCCCCUCGGCGACCCCGGCGCAGCCCGGGAGCGGCACGAUCCCGGCGUUCCCGGAGCAGUCGGACGCCGCGGCGGGGGCGUCCUCGACGUGCCCGCUCGCCCCGUCCCCGUCGCUCCUCCCGGCCGUGACGUCGUCCUGCGACGUCGGCGGCGCGCUGGCCACGAGGCUGCGCUGCUGCCCGGCGCUGGCCGCGUGGCUGUUCGCGGCGUACGCGCCCGCGGCGCUCGCGCAGAGGCCCGCGAAGUCGGCUGCCGCCGCGGCCGUGGACAUGCCCGUGCCGCCGGACGACUCGGAGGCGUGCGCGGGCGCCGCGGACCGCGCGCUGCGGGCGGAGGGCGCGGCGCUGCCUCGCCCGCCGGGCGCCAACGCGACGUGCGACGUGGCGUUCUGCUACUGCGGGGUGAGGCUCAGGAGGCUGACGUGCGGCGCGGCGCCGGCGGAGGGCGGGCAAUGGGCGCCGGCGGACGCCGCAGCUAGGAGGCUGGAGAGGGACUGCGCGCAACCAGGCGUCCCCGGCUGCUCCAAGUGCCUCCGUGCCCUGACCACGAUAAAGUCCGGCUCCGGUGGCGCCGCGGCGUCGUCGGCGUCGGCGGCGACGGGGAAGCAGCAGGGCGGCGGCGGGAGCGGGAGCGGGACGGGCGAGCGGGACUGCCAGCUGAUGGGGCUCAUGUGGCUGCUGCAGCGGAACGCCACGCGGUACGGCGCCGCGGCCACGGCCGUGAUCCGGGCGCUGAUGGCCGCGGACGAGGCGUCCGCCGCGGCGACCGGGCCGGCGGCGGCGUGCUCGCUCCCCGUGGACGGCAUGCCGCUCCCGGCCGAGUACGCGCGGCUCAGCGGGGGAGGCAGCCCGGCAGACGUACCACGCCUCUACGCGCCGCUGCUGCUCGCCGUGCUGCUGGGCGUUGUUUUCUGCUCGAUGUAGCGCUUGUGAAGAUUGGAUUUAUUCUUGACACAAAUGGUCUGUCCUGUAGCUCGGUCACUUGGCUCUACGUAACAGUAUCGUCAGAACUACUGUUCUGUGGCACAUUCCAGAAAUCGAUCAAUAGCACAAAAAUCAGUUC